AUCCACUUUGACAGUGCAAACCCCAAUAUGGAGAACCCACAUGAGGCAGAGCAGGCCGUUUUAUUGGAACGUAUCAUCAAGAAUGUAGAUAAAUGCAACGAGGCUGUUCUUGAGAUGAACCACUGCAUAAAGGAGUUUCUCGAGUCUUCUACAUCUACCCAUGUCGCCGCUCAACUUUUUGCCAAUUAUUCGCGGAAUGUCAAUUACAAUCUCGAAGCCCUCGGUAACAUGCCAAAGCCCGUGUAG